AAAAACCCCACGGUCCUCUAUCUCCCAAUUCCUAUCUAUAUCCAUACAAUGAGUGGGUUCCGUCUUCUUGACUUGGUCAAGCCCUUCCUUCCGCUUUUGCCGGAAAUCGAAACGCCCAUCGAGCGUGUGACCUUCGACGACAAGGUGUUGUUCACGGUCUCGCUUGGGUUCGUGUACUUGCUCGCGGGCCUCCCGAUCUACGGCCUCCCAAAGGACUUUGCGCUCGAAAGUAACCCCUUCCUGUGGUUGACGCCGGUGUUUGGUGCUGAGCCGUUGACACUCUUGGAGCUCGGCUUGUUGCCAGUUGUCACCGCAGGCUUCGUGUUCCAGCUCCUCGCGGGCUUGAAGUACAUCUCUGUGAACUUGUCGGUCAGACUGGACCGUGAGUUGUUCCAGACCGCGCAGAAGUUGCUUUCUAUUGUUUUGUCUAUCGUAUACACCGUUAUCCUCCUUGUCUCCGGGUACUACCCACCGCUCGCCUCCGCCGGUGCCUACGCGUUCGUCGGAUUGCAGGUCGCCGGAACCGGUAUCGUGUUCACCUUGUUGUCUGAGAUUAUGGAUAAGGGCUACGGCUUCGGCUCUGGUGCACUCGCGUUCAUCACCUUGAACGUGGCCACCUCCAUCGUCACCGACGUGGCCGGCUUGGACCAGGUCUUGGUCGCGCCAGACACGUACGAGUCUCGCGGUGUCUUGGUGCACCUUGUCCGUAACAUCUUGUCCUCCCCAAUCGCUAGUUUGCGGACCGUCUGCACCAGAACUCACCUCGCCAACUUGCCGCAGGUGGUGCUCGCGCUCGCAACCAUCCUUGUCUUGAUCUACUUCCAGAACUUCCGCGUGGAAUUGCCAAUUAGAUCCACCCAGUUGCGCAAGAUCUACUCCGCCUACCCGGUCAGAUUGAUGUUCACCGGCUCCAUGCCGAUCCUCUUUGCCUAUACUGCGCUCUUCAACAUCCACUUGGCGGGCUACUUUGUCGCGGCCGUCGCCCCGGCACCGGUCGCCACGUUUGUCACCGACUACGUCUUGUACUACUUGUCUCCACCACCCUCGCUUGUCGGCACCUUGGUUUCGCCUAUCAGAACUGUUGUGUUUGGCGCCUUUGUUGUGCUCUCUGCCGUCUGGUUCGCCAGUGUCUGGUCCCUCACUUCCGGCUCCGCUGGGAAGGAGCUCGCCGCCGAGUUCAAGAAGCAGAGCAUUGCGUUGAACGGUAAGAGAGACGCCUCCGUCAUCAAGGAGUUGAACAAGGUCAUCUUGACUGCUUCCGUCACCGGUGCCGCCUUGCUCGCCGUCAUCUCCUUGGUUACCGAGUACCUCGGCGGCUUGGGCAAGGGUGCCGCCGUUGUCAUCGCCGUGGGUGCCGGCUUUGUCUUCUUGGAGGACUUUGUGUCUGAGUUCCAGCAAGGCGGUACUUCCCAGUUUGCCAGCGUCUUGGGCGGUGCCCAGUAGCCAC